AUGGCCACUCCCUUGCGCGCAUGUGUUCGGUGUCAGAUCGAUGUUCUUCAGGCCACUAGUAAACGACGGUCGAGCCAAUCGAUAGCAAAUGUCCGGCGACAAUAUGCCAGAAUACCCAGCCAAUGGGUGUCAAGACGGGCAUAUAGCGAUAAUGCUCCCAACGGUCACGAAGCAGGUGCCGAUCCUAGGAUCACAUUGGAUCAAAUAACAGAACAACUUGGAGUCCCAAAGCCUAGAAUCGUCACGCAAACCCAACCUAGAUACGCUGGCGAAAUUACUGGAUUAGAUCAUGAAACGGAACUCGAAUUAACGGACGAAGAGUUCCGCAGGUUACAUCCAGGAUUGGGGUCCCUCACACCUUGGAGCUUUCCUCUCGACGACAGUUGCAAGACAAUCGAUGCUCUUAGUGAUAAUAAUAUAGGCGAGACGGUGAAAGUACGUGGUUGGUUAUAUCAGUCGAAGCCUGGAAAUACAGCUAUUGCCUUCGCAACAAUAUUACAGGGUGGGAAGUUCAUCCAAGUCAUUUUCGACAAGAAUGCUGGAUUCGAAAAUCCUCAUAAAAUUCUAGCCGUUCGGGCGCAUACGCCGGUCGAAAUCGAAGGCACCUUGCAAUAUAAACCCAAGAAGGGAUCUAAGUUUGCUACCAACACCGGUGAACCUUCUGUUCCCGAAGACGUCGAGAAUUUCCACAGAACUCUAGAAAUCAUUGUCAGCCGGUAUGAAGUAAUUGGAGACCCUCCUAAGGAGCCGAUUAUAGCUGGAACCGCCCAUACCGGAGACAAGCGUUAUAUAUCAAUGCGUACUAGUACGGACCUUCUAAAGGCGCUUCAUCUACGUAACAAGGUCUCGCAGAUUUGCAGAAAACAUCUGGACGAGGAAGGAUUUCUAGAAGUCGAGACGCCGUUGUUAUUCAAAUCAACACCAGAAGGUGCCCGGGAAUUUCUUGUACCAACAAGAGCCCCUGGUCAUAUGUAUGCUCUGCCCCAGAGUCCACAGCAAUACAAGCAGAUCUUAAUGGCCGGAGGAAUUCUCAAGUACUUUCAACUUGCCAAAUGCUUCCGCGAUGAAGAUCUCAGGGCGGACAGGCAACCUGAGUUUACUCAACUUGAUCUAGAAAUGGGAUUUGUGGAUGGAACUACAGUACAAAAGACAAUUGAACGGUUGUUAAAAAGGAUUUGGUAUGAAGUUCUUGGGGUGAAGCUACCCGCCUUCCGAGUAAUGAGCUACAACUUCGCAAUAUCCAACUACGGAAGUGAUAAACCAGACACAAGAUACGGAAUGAUUAUUCGCCCAUUUGAAAGAGUAGUUGAACAGCAUUCUCCUCUCUCCCGGACCCCAGUCUACGGCGAAUGGAAAUAUGAGAUCAUAACACAUCCCUGUAAUAUCAGCAAUUCUAGGCUGGGCCUCCUCGCUAGUCAGAUAGCUAGCCCAACGGACGGAGACCUUGCUGCCCUCCGUGGCCCAAAUCCCGACUGCAUAAUGUUCAAAAUCGGGGAACAACUCGACUAUCCCGCCAUCCGAAAGCAGUUGACUCGUAUUGCGCCGCACCUUAAGAGCGAGCCUUUGGAUCUAGAAAGAAUCAUAGGAGCCAUGGCAAGCAAAAACUUGUUACCGACCAAUAAUAUUAUCGUUAUCGGUCGAAGAAAGAAAGAAUUCAACCCCGGUGGAUCAACAAGUAUAGGUGAAGUUCGCAAGCAGCUUUGCCAGAAGCUCAUCAAACUUGGAUUCAUGGAAAAGCUAGUCGGUUGGAAAUUUCUAUGGGUCACUCACUUUCCUUUGUUCACACCCAUAAAUCCAUCAGAAAACGAACCUGGUCAAUCCGGUACCGCUGGCUACAAGUCCACUCACCACCCUUUUACUGCCCCCACCAUCAGCACACGUGACAGCCUUUUCACCUUGCCAUGGAAAACUCUAGGUCACCAUUACGAUGUCGUUCUUAACGGGGUAGAACUUGGCGGGGGAAGUACUAGAAUCCACGAUGCGGAGCUGCAACGCACUAUUCUAGAGGACAUCCUCAAGGUGCCGUCAGAGAAGAUGAAAACGUUUAAACACUUACUGGAUAUGCUGGAGACUGGAUGUCCCCCACACGCUGGAUUAGCAAUCGGAUUCGAUAGGUUGAUUGCGAUCCUAGCAGGGAGAGACAGUAUUAGGGAUGUUAUUGCCUUCCCUAAAAACAAUAGGGGACAAGAUUUGGUAGUUGGGAGCCCCGGAUUGGUGACAAAGAAGCAGUUAGACGAGUAUGGUAUUAUGCUUCAGGACAAUGUACUAGAGGGGCAAGAAGAACCAGUAUUAUCUGUGGAAGAUGAGGUAGCAGGGAAUGAACUACUAGUCGAGGAUUCCGAGGUAGAGGGUGUGAAAGAUGUGGAAGUGGCUGCUGCAGAAACUAGUGUUGAGGACAGCACAGGUGCAGAUACGGCCACGAAAACUGUGGUACCGGGAAAGCUAAAUAUGCUCCUAAGUGAGAAAAAAGAAGCUGAAGAGGAGGUUAAAGUACCGGCAGAAGAGGAAGGUGCGGAGACGGAAGAUUCUCCACUAGUCGAAGAUGUGCCGCCUACCCCAGAGACUACGGUCGAAGAGUCAGUAGAAUCAAGUACAGAAAGGCUAGAAGCAAGCGGAGCUGGGGAACGCAUAGAAGUUAAGGAAGGGGUGCCAACUGAAGAGGAAAUCAAGGAGCCUAGCCUAAAUGAAGCCAACGCCACUGAAAGCGACAAAAAGUCCGAGUAA